AACUUCAUGUAGAAACCCGUGCCUUCUUGUCGAGGACGACAAAACUCCCAAAUUUGGAGCAGAGCUUCAACAGAACCAGAAGUGAGAAGGAAAAGCUUGCUUUCUCUCUUGGCUGUUAGUGUCUAUUACCGUUUCAAUCUACUCUGUUUUCUGAAUUUCAGUUCUUUCUCUUCAAAAACCCUAAGUUUCACUAAUUCCUCCACAUAACGGUUUCCAAUUUUUCCCAAAUAAAGAGAUUUUAAUUUGGAUUUGUUAGGUUUUGUCUUUCCUUUUUUUUUUUUUUGUGUGAUCUUGGGACAUUUGUUAUUGAAUCAUUAAAAGGAACAACCAGGAGAACCAAAAUGUUGGGUGGGUUGUAUGGAGACCUUCCUCCGCCAUCUUCCGCGGAGGAGGAUAAGUCCACGGCCAACUCGUCUACAGUGUGGUCGAGCAGUACCUUAAUGGCGCCGCCAACUCUCCGUAAACCUUCCACGUUGGCGACACCGCAAACCAUUCUAAAAUCUCAAAACAAAACGAAAGUGCAAAGCUCUGCCUCCAAAAUCAUAUCUUCUCCAGCGGUGGCACCAGCUCUGCCAACUCCUUCGGUGCUACCGGAAGAGCCGAUUCAACCUGCCCUCAUGGGGGUUACUUCUGUGGUCAUCGAGGAGUAUGAUCCAGCAAGGCCGAAUGAUUAUGAGGAGUAUAGGAGAGAGAAGAAGAGAAAAGCACUGGAGGCAGAGAGAAUCAGAGAACUUGAGAGGAGGAGACAAGAGGAGGAGGAGAGGGAGAGGAGAGAGAGGGAAGAGAGGGAGAAGGAAAGAGAAAGGGACAGGAAUAUUUCAGGGGAGGAGGCCUGGAGGAGGAGAGCUGCAAUGAGCGGUGCUGUUCCUAGGUCGCCGUCUCCUCCAAGUAAUGCAGAUGGGUUUCUUAUUGGGAAGUCUGAAACUGGUGGUUUAGGUGUUGGUGCAGGUGGACAGAUGACUGCUGCUCAGAGGAUGAUGGCAAAGAUGGGAUGGAAGGAGGGACAGGGGCUUGGGAAACAAGAGCAGGGGAUUACAACACCAUUGAUGGCAAAGAAGACUGAUCGUAGAGCUGGGGUGAUUGUGAAUGCGAGCGAGACAAAGCCAGAGAAGAAGGUGAAGAGUGUGAAUAUCCACGGACAGCCUACUCGGGUUUUGCUUCUCAGGAAUAUGGUGGGUCCUGGUGAGGUAGAUGAUGAACUAGAAGAGGAGGUUGGCUCUGAAUGUGCAAAGUAUGGGACAGUCACUAGGGUUCUCAUAUUCGAGAUAACAGAGCCAAACUUCCCCCGUGAAGAGGCAGUCAGAAUUUUUGUACAGUUUGAGAGAUCAGAAGAAACAACAAAAGCAUUGGUUGAUCUUGAUGGUCGGUACUUUGGAGGCAAUGUGGUUCGUGCAUCAUUCUAUGAUGAGGAGAAGUUCAAUAAGAACGAAUUGGCUCCUAUGCCAGGUUGAAGGAAAACAAAUUAUGAUGUAUUUAGAGCUUCCAGUUGUUGCUAGUUGCUACUGUGGUGCAGAGGUGACCCCACAGGUGUGUUCUGGUUAGACGUCCUGGCCUCUUGCUGCUGCGGCUGUUGAUGACCUGGAACAGCCACCUUCAUUCCUCCUCCAGCCACCGUGGCACCACCAAUUCCUCUAUACAUGUAGAAUGCAAGAGGAAUUUCCACCUCACAACCAGACGCACCAUCACUGCAGAUAUAGGGAGAGGAGGUAGCAGUAGUUGUGGUAAGCUCUCCAUUAUUGUUGUUGCUGUUAACUAUCAUGGUUGUUGGAUCAAACUGGCGAGGUGAUGUGGUGGUUGAGCACUCUCCACCAGUUACUCCUCCUGCUCCGCUGCCCCCAACAAUUACAGUGCUGCUGCUGGUGGGUGUAGUUGUGGUGCUUGUAUAAUUUUGAAAUGGGGUAGCUCCACAUGUUGGGCAGCGGUUCAAAAGCUUAUAAAAACAAAAUGUAAUUAAUUAAACAAACAGUUGGCGAAGGAAUUGAGAAUCAACAGAAAAAGAGAUACCUUGCAGCGGUGGGUGGUGCCGUCAGGCUCGACGAUCCAACCAGCUUCUUUGGCAAGCUCACGGAGGACUUCAUUGAUAUCAGCGCGAGGAGAAAGGUGGUAACCGCCGUGUCUUCUAAGGCCAUGGAAGAUUUUGGUGGUGAUGGCUCUUCUUUGCCUUUCUCUAAGUUUUGUUUUCUCCUUCUCACUCUCACUCCUUGUUGAUGAACUCCCCACCAUUAUAUUUCUACUUUUUAGCUCUUUCUUCUUUU